AUAGAAGGUUUUAUUUGUUUAUUAAAAGGUUUAAAAGAAAGAAAAUAACAACAAACAAAAGGUUGUGGUUUACACACUCUUAUUUUCGGCCAGGGCCUAAAAUAGGAGUAGGAAAACUUUAUUUUGAAAAGGAAAUAUUUUGGAUGUUUAGGGAAGUGGAGGGAGUAUACAUUUCCCUAAUUUUGCUCAAAUUAGUUCGUCUCUUUGGACCCCUUUGUCGCAACACGCAACUUGGAGGAGCCAGGCUCUCUCCACCAAGCUCCAGUCCAGCGCCGCUCCGCAGCGCCCUUCCUCUUUUCCCGCUCUCCUCCCCGCAGUCUGCCACAGUGUAUCUCCUCCGGUCUCCCAGCGACCUGCAGACAGCAGGCUCCGGCAACAUCUAAGCCUUCAUCUUCUUCUUUUAUCCAGUUCCUAGCAUAUGUAUGCUUUUGGAUGUCUAUAAGUGAUGGGUUUUGUGGGAAAAUGGAGUCGUGUACAUCAACAUGGGAAACACAUGACAAGGUCUUACUACCAUAAAUGGUCUCUUUCUCCAACAUCAUUAUCUCUACCAGUUCUUGAGAGGUACAAGUUUCAAGGUACUUUGAUCCAAAGGCAUCUGCUACAUACUUUCAAGCUACCUAGCAACGGUCAUGGAAAGAAAGAUAUAAGGUUGAUUAGAUGGUCAGAUAUAUGUUUAGGUUGUAGCCAGUUGAGGUUUUAUAGCUCUGAAGGUGAUGGGAGAAAUGCACGUGAGGAUCAAUGCCCCAAUACUAUAAACGAGGGUAGCAUGAAAGAAAAAGUUGGUGAACAUGUGAGAUAUUGUGAUGCACAUGUUGAACUUGGUGAGCUAGAGCAAAAGGAAUGGCUAAACAAUGAAAAGCUAUCAAUUGAGAAUAAGAAGAAAGAGUCACCUUUUCUUUCUAGAAGAGAAAGAUUUAAAAAUGAGUUUUUAAGGCGGAUUGUCCCAUGGGAGAGUAUAGCUAUAUCAUGGGACACAUUUCCUUAUUAUGUCCCAGAACAUUGUAAGAGCCUCCUGAUAGAAUGUGCUGCCUCACAUCUAAAGUACAACAAGCUUUCUUUGGAUUACGGUUGCCAUUUAAAUGCAUCCAGUGGGAGAAUUAUGCUUCACACGGUUCCUGGUGCUGAACUUUACCGAGAAAGAAUAGUUAGAGCAGUUGCAAAGGAUUUGAAAGUUCCACUGUUAGUUCUUGAUAACAGCAUUCUAGCUUCCUAUGAUUUCACUGAAGAUUGCUCUACUGAAAGUGAGUCUGAUGAUGAUGCAGAAUCUGCUGAAGAGUAUACUUCAGAGUCUGAAGCUGAUGAUGUUACUGAUGCAGCUGAUGAGGAAUGGGAAAGCAAUGGGGAUAAGUCUGAAGCCACGGAUGAUGAGGGGGAUGUCCACACAUCUGAUGAAGUACUAAAGAAACUUGUUCCACACAAUCCUGAAAGCUUUGAGAAGCAAGUAUCGGGGGAAAGUGAAGAUUCCUUUGAGUCCACAUCAUCUGAAGCUUCUAAUCUCUCGGAAGAUGUGAAACAACCAUUUAAAAAAGAUCUGUUGGCAGGUGAUCCAAUCAAAUAUGUGGGAUCUUCUGUAACCAUUGAAGCUGAUAACAGGAUUGUUUUGGGGAAGAUGGCUACUUCUGAUGGCCCAACAAAUGUUUAUACUGUAAUUCAUGGCAGAACAUUAGCCAGUGGUCAGCGAGGGGAGGUGUAUGAGUUGAAUGGUGACCAAGUUGCAGUUAUUCUUGAUAACAAAAUGGAUGAAGAGAAGGGUGAGAAACCCAUGGCCAUGCCAGAAGUUGCUAAGCCAUCAAUAUACUGGAUACCUGUCAAGCACAUUGAACAUGACAAUGACGUUCAGGCUGAAGAGAUAUACAUUGCUAUGGAGGCACUUAGUGAGGUCCUAAAGUCUGUGCAGCCACUUAUUGUUUACUUUCCAGAUUCCUCUCUGUGGUUUUCUAAAACUGUGUCCAAACCAAACCGAAAAAAGUUUUUUGAGAAGGUGCAAGAAAUGUUUGAUCAGUUACGUGGACCAGUCAUUUUGAUUUGUGGCAAAAACAAGAUUGAGAGCGGAUCAAAAGAAAAAGAAAAUUUUAGAGUGAUACUUCCAAAUUUGGCGCGUCUUGCUAAGCUGCCUCUUUCUUUAAAGCAGCUUACUGAGAGAGUGCCUGCCUCAAAACAUUCCAUUGAUGAUGGAAUCCAUAGGCUAUUCGCUAACAUUAUGUUCAUUCCAUCCCCUAAGGAUGAAGAUAUCCUUGGAACAUUCAAUAAGCAAAUGGAAGAAGAUAGGAAAUUUAUGAUAUCUCGGAGAAACUUUACUGAAUUGCACAAGGUUCUUGAGGAGCACAAUCUAUAUUGCUUGGACUUGUUGCUUGUCAAUUCUACUGGGGUGAAACUAACAAAACAAAAAGCAGAAACAGUUGUGGGCUGGGCGAAAAAUCAUUAUUUGUCAUCUUGCAAAGAACCUUACAUAAAGGGAGAUAGGAUGUACUUGCCUCGCGAAAGCCUUGAAGUUGCAAUUUUGAGAUUAAAAGAACAGGAAGCGAUGUCAAAAAAGCCUUCACAUGGUCUGAAGAGUCUUGCGAAGAAUGAGUAUGAGCGUAACUUUAUUUCAGCAGUUGUUCCUCCUGGUGAGAUAGGAGUGAGGUUUGGCGAUGUUGGUGCCCUUGAAGAUGUGAAAAAAGCGUUGAAUGAACUUGUCAUUCUGCCUAUGCGGAGACCAGAGCUUUUCUCACGUGGCAAUCUGUUGCGGCCUUGCAAAGGAGUGUUACUAUUUGGGCCACCUGGCACUGGGAAAACCCUUAUUGCAAAAGCACUUGCAACAGAGGCUGGGGCAAAUUUUUUGAAUGUUACUGGUUCAUCACUUACGUCUAAGUGGUUUGGAGAUGCUGAGAAGCUAACUAAGGCUCUGUUCUCUUUUGCUAGCAGACUGGCACCGGUAAUCAUCUUCAUUGAUGAGGUUGACAGCUUACUUGGUGCUCGUGGCGGUGCUUCUGAGCAUGAGGCUACUCGAAGAAUGCGUAAUGAAUUUAUGUCUGCAUGGGAUGGCUUGAGGACAAAAGAUAGUCAACAAAUUCUCAUUCUUGGUGCAACAAACCGGCCAUUUGACCUUGAUGAUGCUGUUAUUCGUCGUUUACCUAGACGAGUGCUUGUGGUUACACAGGAAGGAAGCAGAGCUGAUCCAAAUCCUCCUAUUCUAAGGCCUCUCAAUUUAACAGACUUCUUCCAAUCCAAAACCAAGGUGGGACCAUCAGUUGCAUAUGACGCAGCUAGCAUGAAUGAGUUGAGGAAAUGGAACGAACGGUAUGGCGAAGGAGGGAGCAGGAGAAUGUCACCUUUUGGCUUUUGAAACAAAAACUUCAAAUGGCCAUUUUGCAGUUAUGCAGAGAGGCUCCUAUCUUGAGGUUAGGAAUCACAGUUUCCAAUAUAAAUUUGGUUUUGUUUCAUAUAGGAAUCUCUGUUGUCCAUAACAUCUCUUUUUUUUUAAAGAUAAUAUUUGUUAUUUUUAUGUAGCAGUUGUAGGAUAUUGUCCCAUAGUUAUUUUCAAUGGGUUCACCAUACACAACCAACAUUUAUGACCUUUGGUUGCAUAAUUGUCAUUUAUUUUCCAUUUUUAAUGCUCUUUUAGUCCCGUCGAUUUGUAAUCUCCCCGUUAAAUAAUCUUCAUGUUUUGGAUUUCAUUGACUACUUGCGGUUAUUUUUUAUUCAAUUUAUGUCAUUGCCAGUGUAAAAUUUAAAAAUAAAUUUUAGGGUCACGU